AUGUCAUUCGUCAAGGAUCUUCCACACAUUCCUCUGGGGGACACCAAUCUGUUCAAGCCAAUUAAGGUUGGCAACAACGAGUUGUUGCACCGUGUUGUGAUGCCUCCUUUAACAAGGAUGAGAGCUACGCAUCCCGGUAACGUGCCAAAUAAGGACUGGGCAGUUGAGUACUACGGCCAGCGUUCUGAGAGACCAGGAACUCUGAUUAUCACCGAGGGUGCUUUCCCAUCUGCGCAGAGUGGUGGUUACGACAAUGCGCCAGGCAUUUGGUCAAAGGAGCAGUGCGAACAAUGGGAAAAGAUAUUCAAGAAGAUCCACGAGAACAAAUCUUUUGUUUGGGUUCAGUUGUGGGUUCUCGGAAGACAGGCAUUUGCUGAUACGCUAGCUAGAGAUGGAUUACGUUACGAUUCUGCUUCUGACGAGGUCUAUAUGAGCGAGGAACAAGAGGAAAGGGCCAAAAAAUCAGACAACCCGCAGCACGGUAUAACAAAGGAGGAGAUCAAACAGUACAUCAAGGAUUACGUCCAGGCAGCCAAGAAUAGUAUCGCGGCAGGUGCUGAUGGAGUUGAAAUCCACAGUGCCAACGGCUACUUGCUUAACCAAUUUCUGGAUCCGAUUUCGAACAAGAGAACUGACGAAUACGGUGGAACCAUUGAAAACAGAGCACGCUUCACUCUAGAGGUCGUUGAUGCAGUUGUCGAUGCCAUUGGUGCUGAUAAAGUCGGUAUUAGAUUUUCACCAUACGGUACAUUUGGUACAAUGUCCGGUGGUGCAGAACCUCUGAUCGUUGCACAAUAUGCGUAUGUGUUGGGUGAAUUGGAAAAAAGGGCUGCUCAGGGGAAACGUUUGUCUUUUGUACAUCUUGUUGAACCUCGUGUUACAAAUCCAUUCUUUGUUGAAGGCCAAGGUGAAUACCAUGGCGGCACUAAUGAUUUUGUGUAUUCCAUUUGGAAGGGAUUGAUUAUUAGAGCAGGUAACUUGGCUUUACAUCCGGAAGUUGUCAGGGACAUGGUUGAAAACAGCAGAACCUUGAUUGGUUACGGUAGAUAUUUCAUUUCAAAUCCCGAUAUUGUCGACCGUGUUGAGAAAGGUCUACCUUUGAACAGUUAUGAUAGAGACACCUUUUAUGCAAUGACAGACAAAGGUUAUACUGAUUACCCAACGUAUGACAAAGCUGUGAAGUUGGGAUAUAAAGCUUAG